AUGGAUAGCGGGAUACAAGUUACCCACACUGAUCACUCUGAGACACUUAAUAUGCGUCCAUUAUCCAAUAUCCCUAAAUCAGCCAACAACAAUAACCCCCACAAUAUCCGUUCAAGCUGGAUUGAAAUCUGCAACCCUAAGCACACUCACCCAACCACCCACUCCUCGAAACUACGCGGCUUGCCCUCUUCCCCCAGACCUCCUUCCUUCUACCCACUUAACCUGCCUUCUUCCAACAACUUCACCCUCACUGGUCUUCCUACCUCUGUUAGACCUCUUUCUCCUUCCCCUGUCAUCGACGAGAACGCUCCUUUAGCCACCACCCAAGACGACUCUGCUGCUCAGCGCUUCAUCGACAGAAGAUCCAAAAUUCUCUCCUACACUCAACACAACAGAUCCUCUUUCGUUGCUGGCGACGAUAUCAAGCUUCGUUAG